ACUCGAAAGUUAAAGUGCUCUGGUUCUUUGGCAUAAAGCUUCAGUUAAAAAGUUACAAAACUCUAGCUCUUUGGCAUCAAGUUUCAGUUUUGAAAAAGAUCAGAGAGAGAGAGAGAGAAUGGGAAUGGGAAACUGGUUUCGAAACUGGUGGCACAAGGAACCCCCACCUCCAAUGGUGUUGGUCCCACCAUUGUUUGAUUUCCCCCCAUUGGCUGCGCGAACCAGAAUGUUGGUGCCUGCUUAUGAUCUGUUAUUCGGAAAGCUUGCUCUCAAAUACCUUUUUGAGGAUUAUUUUGAAAAUGCAGGGCAUUUUACCACGAGCAUGAUGCUCAAGCCUAUUGAUGACCCUCAUGUAGAUUUGAUUGCAACUAUACAGGGUCCUAUUGAUCCCAAGAAUCCAGAAGCCAUUUUUUCAAAUGCAUCAUUUCGCUGGCAAAGGGACCCUUAUGAUCCUCAUACAUUUAUGGAGGUCUCUGUUUCAAAUUCUACAAACAUUUUGUGCUUGAGGUCAAGUGCCUACUAUCCUAAAUAUGGCAUUGGAGUAUUCGCUGUACUCCCUCUGCUAGCACAGAAAAGGGUGCUUUCAGAGAAUUUUGGUGUCACGGGUCUGAGAUAUGGCUCUGAGAAGCUAUCAAUAGGAGCCACCUUUAUGCCAUUUCCAUCCACCGACUUUCCAAGAAAUGCAUGGGCAGUAGGCAGGAUGGGGAGACUGACUGCAGGAGUUCAGUACAAAUCAACCUUGGAAAGCAAAUCACCGGAGAGAUUUGAUGACAUCAAGAAUUGGAGCUGUGCUAUAGGCUAUGGGCUAGGCUUAAACAGCCCCAUAAAUCCAUCAUACAAUUUUGGUCUUGAACUUGUUGGUGGUACAAAGCUGAUCUCAUCAUUUUAUCAGCAUGUUGUGGUUCAGCGAAGGGUUAAGAAUCCACUUGAAGAAAGUGAAAUAGUUGGAAUCACAAAUUACAUUGAUUUUGGUUUUGAGUUGACAUCCAGGAUUAAUGGAUCUGAACCAUCAAAGAGCUUGGAAGCAUCAAACAUUCAAGUAGCUGCAUCAUGGCAAGCCAAUAAGAAUUUUUUGGUGAAGGGAAAGCUAGGCCCUCUCAGCUCAUCUGCUGCUUUAGCAUUCAAGUCAUGGUGGAAGCCUUCUUUUACCUUCAGCAUUACAGCUGUUAGGGAUCAUCUUGUGGGGAAGACAGCGUAUGGAUUUGGGAUCCAAAUGGAAAAUCUAAGAGAAGCAAGCUACCAAAGGGCUGACCCAAAUUAUGUAAUGCUGACACCAAACAAAGAGCAUCUCGCCGAAGGCAUGCUUCGUGAUCUUGGGAAGAGGCCAAUGCUGCAGUCCAAUUUAAUUUCAGGGAACUUUGAUGGCUUACCCCAAGAAUUGAAACCCAUAGAUAAGAUCUUAUAAUCGGAGUAUAAUGCCUCAGGUUUAUUUGCUGGUUUCACAUUAAGUAUAGUAGUCUUUAGGGCUCUCAGCUGAUAAGCUGCAGAGAGAGAGAGAGGGAGAGAGAUUUUGGAAUUGGUCAGGUCCUGAAACUCAGGUGUACUUUGUUUUUUCCUGAUGAGGGGAGCUUUAUCCUUUUUGGGAAAUGCAACAGUGUCUCCUCAUUUUCGGUAAA